AUGUCUACCAAUUUAGCAGACUACUUUAAAAAUCAAAAUGCUUCUUCAGACAAGAAGGAAGAUUCCAACAAGAAGCAAUUACCUUACAAUGAUUACGACGAUAUGGGUCCAUCUGUUUCUAUGGCAGUAGAGGCCGAAAAUGAAGAUGACUUUAAGAAAUCAACGUUCAAUCUUAAGAGGACGCGAUCAAUGGGUCUUCUAGACGAUUUUAUAGACCCUACAAAGAAGCCGUCAGAAAAAUCAUCCGAUGAUGAAGCAGACAGCAAAUUAGUUGAUGAUGAGCCGGCAAGCCAUGGCACGGAGAGCUACUAUAAUGAAGAUAUUAGUCAUUACGAUCAUCUUCACGAACAGUCAGCUUCUGUGUCACCUCCUCCAGCAGAUAAUGACAAUUAUUUUAUCCCACAAGAUGACAAUGACGUUGUGGUAGAACCAGAGAGACAUGUAGAUUACUUAUCUCAUCAGUGGAAAGAAUCGGAAAUAUCCAACUCAUGGAAGUAUAUCAUCUUAAAAAAGAAGAAGAGAGACGUUGAUCUUGUAAAUGCAGCUAGAUUGGAGAAUGCAUCAUGGAGAACUUGGGCAAAAGCCAGAAAUCAUUUAAAGACCGUUUCACCAGAAAUACUGAACUGGUCAAAGGAUUCUGAUGUUACGUGGCUGUAUGGUCCGAUCGUCCGUGACCAGCAUAAAAAUAAGAAAAAUAAGAGGAAAGAAAAUGGCGAUAUUGAAACGGAUUCGGAGCACGAAAUUUCUAUAGGUUAUGGUUCAGAUGAUGAAACAUCAAAGAGAAUACCAUCGAAAGGAAAAAGAUCAGUUACUCCAAAACCUAUUUUAAAGAAAAGAUCGGUAACAGAGAUUAUUGAAGAAAAUGCUCAAUGGAAACUAAAUGAAGCGAGAAAACAUAUCAACGAUAUGAAACACGCAUCAGUAGUAAUGGAUCCCAACGGACUUAAGGAUGUUCAUGAUGAUUACGAUGCUUUGGCUGCUAGAGUCAAUGCCCAAUAUUACACAACACCAAGAAGUAGACCUGGAAGUGGAGCACCAAGCAGGGAAAAUAGUGAAUCCAAUUUACAUAACCCUCCUAGAUCUUCCUCUACAACGCCAAACUAUGCUGUUGCCGAUAGCAAGAGUUUUCACUCUGAUACUCCGAUCAAUGAACAAUCUUCAGUUAAAUCAGGUAGUCUGGUUACUCCUAUCCAGUCACCAAAUGUUGUAGCAUCUCCUGCUCAAGAUAUAGUUGCACCACAAGCCAAACAACCACUAUCAUCAAUCCUUUCUUCAAAAUACUCGGAAAAAGGAACCGGUCAAGAACAAAAGAAAAGUGCUCCAUCAAGGCAUAUUCAUUUUAAUGACAGAGUCGAGCAGUGUAUGGCUCUGCGAUAUCCAAGCUCAGAUAGCGAGGUUGAUUCAGACUAUGAAAGUAAUAGUAAUAACCUUCAUCAAACUUCAUCUGUAAGUCCAAGUUCUGCUCCUUCCAAUAACAACAUCAGGUUUGUGCGGAAAGGUGAAAAAGGCCAGAGAAAUCAAGAGAGUAAAAUACCAGAAAGUCCUAUUUCAGAUGAUUCAGUGUCAUCUCCUUCUGACGAUAACGAAGAUGAGGAAGACUAUGGUGGACUAUUCAUAAAUGCUAGAUUUUCAAGAAGAUCAGACUCAACAGUUCAUUCACCUGUUACUGAUAAUUCAUCUAUCGGUUCAUCAGUGACUUCCAGAACUGGUGUACGUCCAAUUAUUAAGCUUCUUCCUGCCACAACAUUAAACUAUGGUUCUGACGAAGAAUCUGAAACAAGUGACAUUUAUAAUUACGGAAAUGCUGUUUCUCACAAUGUCAACACAUCUAGAGGUUAUGAUUACAUAUAUGACUACAACUCUGUGUAUACUGGUGAUACGUCGAGUUUCUUGCCUCUAGACCAUUGUGAUAUUGUCGAUGUUCCUGAAGGAAUUGGUCUAGACACGUCAAUUACUGAAAGUGAUCAUACAGGGUAUGAUAUUAACAGUCCUCUUGAUAAAAGAACCAACAUUAUGAUUCCUUCACCUACAGAUACUCCACCUUUUCUGAGUAAAGCCAGCAAAAGUCCAUCGAGUUACAACUCUUCCUCUGAUAGUGGCAAAAGUACACCAUUGAGACAAAACUUUCUCAGUAAUGAAAAUCAUGGUUAUUCAUCAUCCGACUCUGAGCAACAGUUUAUUGAAGACUCUCAACUGAAUAGCAGUGAUGAAGAUGAAGACUCAGAGGAUAGUGAUGAAGAUGAUGAAUCAGAUGACGGAUUAACAUUAAAACGUACUGUUACUUUAGGGAAAUCAGGCACUUCUACGUCAAUCAAAGAUUUAAAUAUGCCGAACGAGCAUAAUGCAGACUUUAUUCCUCCAGUGAAGACCAGAAGCUUUAUAACAGGCGAAACUAUAGAUGAUGCAACACGAGAAAAAAACAACUUUAUUAGCAACAGUAGUUCGCCUGGUAUUCCUCUGAAAAGAAAUCAAUCUUCUAAGAGUUUUAUUUUCAAUUCAGACAGUAAUGACGAAGAUUCAUCUGAUAAUACUUCUGAUUCGGCAAGCUUUUUUGGUAUUGAGACACCACAACCUGUAAAUCAUCAGACAAAUGCUACCGCCAAAUCUGUAUCGGGACAUAAGAAUGUUAUACCUCCUUCUAAUGUGGGCCCAAUUUCAUCGAUUGAGGUAUCAAAGAACUUUAAAAUUCCUUCCAAUACUGCCCCAGAUGUUGCAUCUAGUGAUGUUGCCAUUAAAGGGUCAUUUUCACCUAGGUACAACUCAGUGAAAUCUGUCAUAAACAAAGAAGGCAUACUAUCAGAUAAAUCAAAUUCACCCUCACCACAACAAUCAAGUACUAACAUUAUGUCCAAAAAUAACUUUAGCCAUUCCGGAACUGGCCAAAGUUUCAGUGAUAAUGAAAAUCCUGAUACUAACAAAGACCUAAGUAAUGAAAGUCUACAGAAAAUGAUGCAAAGCGCUAAGAAUGCUGCCAGCAAGUAUUUAAACUCGUGGAAAAGACCAGAAAAUAGACGUGAAGAUAAAUGA